AUGACAACGGUUAAUGGAGCCGGAAAAAUUGGUGAGAUUAUCCGUAUCACGACGGUGGCUGGGAAAUUGGCUUCAGCAGAAAUAUUGGGUCAAUUCUCAGCUAUCGCUCUAGUAACCGAAGUAAAUCCAAGACGCAACCAACUCUCCCUUGUUCGCGCGAUUGCAAAGCUUUGCUCCUCCAACUGGGAAGUUUCCUUUGAUGGAUUCCACGUUCUCGCAAUAAGAAACACUCCGGCCACCCGCCAUCGCCGCCUAAAGCUCCGCUCUUCUUUCAGCUUCAGCAAUCCCACCCGCCACGAGCCCGUGCCUUUUGAACCUCUCGUCGCUGACAUCGAGCGCCGCCGUAAAGACCGACAAUGGGAGAAGCAGUACUUGGAGCACACGCAUCCCGAGUUUACUGUUGACCACGCCCCGGGUCACGAGUCGCAGCCCGAGUGGGAGGAUUUCAUGAACGCUGAGGAUUACUUGAAUGACGAGGAGAAGUUCAACGUUACCAACAGGUCCGUGGUUGGUAUUGCUAUUUCCCAGAUUGAUGUCAACCCAGCAGAUGGUUUGGUGACUGAGAACGAAUUGACCGAUUGGAACCUGGAACAAGCAGCGAAGGAAGUCUUGCACAGGUCUAUGAGAGAGAUGGAAACUCGUGACAAGAACCACGAUGGGUUUGUUUCAUUUGCAGAGUAUGAGCCUCCCAGUUGGGUGAAGAAUGACAACAAUUCUUUUGGCUAUGAUAUGGGCUGGUGGACAGAGGAACAUUUUAAUGCAUCAGAUGCUGACUGUGUUGCCAGGUAUUUUGGUAUUUUUGGUGUUUCAAAAAUGGUGAGGAAGAAUAGAGCUGAGGCAGAUUCUGAUAAAGAUGGUCGUUUGAGCUUAAUCGAGAUGAUAGAGAACCCAUAUGUAUUUUAUAGUGCCAUCUUCAGUGAAGCUGAAGAUGACUACAAAUAUCACGACGAGUUCCGCUGA